GAGAGAGAGAGAGAGAGAAAGUGAGGGGAAGAAAUAAGGAGAAAAGACCAGGUCCGUGGAGAGGAGCAUCUGGCAUUCAAUAAGAUCGGAGAGGGACUUCCUGCGGAGAGUUAUCAUAAUUUCAAAGUCUUAAAAAGGGGAAGCAUCCGCUUGCCAUGGCCCCUCCUUCUCUGUUGACGCUACUCAUGGUGGUUGCCACGGCAACUGGGGCCUGUUCAGCCGGCAAUGAGAAUUAUCUGGAUUAUGGGUACUGGAACUACAGAGAGGGAGCGGAUAGUGUUAAUGUGGCCUCUGUGCGCAGUGUGACCAGAGUUUUAGAUGCCUGGGGAAAACGCAUCUUCCGUGAGGUCAAGACUUUGCUGCACUCGGAGCCCAGUGCACUGCUGCCUGACUACUCCCGGGUGCGCCCUCUGUCCGAGUCCGUCAACGACCUGUUCAGAGAAGUCUCCCUGCUGCGCAAGCGCAUCGUCGAGCUCUCUCAUCGCCUAGCAACCCUGGAACCGUUCCUCCGUCACCACGGCUACCGGGAGGUGGGGGAGGAUGAGGCGGGAGGCAGCCGGGCUGUGGCGACUCAGAGCCCGGGAGGAGAGGCGGCUUUGGCCCGGUACACCCCGAGGACCCCGGGGAGGACGAGUCCGCCGAGGGGGAGCCGGGUGGUGAGGCAGAGACGGGUGAGAGUCCUGAAGAACUGGGGGGGGACGCCGGUUCAGAGAGAGACAUAAACACACAUGGUGGAGGCGAGGAUGAAGUUGACGUAGUUAGAUACAAAUAUGUUGUCAUGUAAGAAUUUUUUUUUUUAACUGUAUAGAUUUAAACGUUUGUAAAAACUAACAUAUUCCAGACAUGCUGCAUAGUGGGAUCAGAGAUGAUAUGGUUUGUAUUAAUCAAUAAAUAACUCUUAAUAAACUAUUAUCACUA